AAUGGUUCUCCCCUUAUUUUCAUUCUGAAUGCUGAGGUGAACCUCAACAUGGACGGGCUAUGCUGCAGAAAACACCACUGAUUCGUGUGUUUUCCUCCAACUUCUCGCGGACCGAAUGCUCAACAUGAAGAAGUUCAACUUCAAGAAGGUUUUGGAUGGGCUGACAUCGUCUUCUGCCCCACCGGCCAAGCCCGAAACGGAGAUCACCGAGACCUUGGGUAGCGAGCAUUUCCAAGUUAGCAAGACCGUCCGACAUGGCUUCCCGUACCAGCCCACCGCUAUGGCGUACGAUCCCGUUCAACACAUCCUGGCGAUCGGUUGCAAGUCGGGUUCUAUUCGGCUAUUCGGCCGUCCUGGUGUGGAUUGUCACGUCAUGCACGACAACGACGCAGCCGUUCUACAGCUCAUCUUCCUGGUGAAUGAGGGCGCCCUGGUGAGCGUGUGCUCGGACGACAGCCUUCAUCUGUGGAACCUCCGCCAGAAGAGGCCCGCGAUUCUCCACUCCCUCAAGUACAACAGAGAAAGGUCACAGAGAACUCACCCUGGUCCUGUGGUGUCACUCAGCGACAAUCCAACCGACUCCAGUAAGCUGUUAAUUGGUUUCGAGACAGGCAUGAUCGUGCAGUGGGACCUGAAGACCAAAACAGCCGAGUGUAGAUAUGCAUGUGAGCAGCAGACAUUACAUUCCCUGGCCUGGCACCACGAAGGCAAGCAGUUUAUGUGCAGUCACUCUGACGGCAGCCUGUCGGUGUGGAACUACAGGAGCCCCAGCAAGCCUGCGCAGGUGUUCCAGCCCCACGGGCACCCUGCACAGAAGGGCUCCAAACCUGAGGCGUGCAGGCCCAUCAUGAAGGUGGCCUGGCCGACACAGAGAACUGGGGACCCGUUUAUAGUGUUUUCGGAUGGUCUGCCGUACGAGAGAUCGGGUCGGCGUCCCUGUAUCACUGUCAUGCAGGGCAAGUCUGUGACUGUCCUGGAGAUGGAGUAUCCAGUCAUUAACUUCCUACCUGUCAGCUCAACACCCUGGCCUAAUGACUUCCAGGAUCCCUACGCCAUCAUAGUGCUGCUGGAAAAUGACCUUGUAGUAAUAGAUCUAACCACACCAGGGUACCCCUGCUUCCAGAACCCCUACCCCAUGGACCUGCAUGAGUCCCCCGUCACAUGCUGCACGUAUUACGCCGACUGUCCGCCCGAGAUGAUCCCAGCCUUCUACACCGUGGGCUCCAGACAACAGAAGAAAACUGGCUUCAGUGAUAAGCUGAGUCAUGCAGACGGGUCGCUGAAGUUCUGGGAUGCCUCUGCAGUAACACUACAGCUGCUGUACAAGCUGAGAACCAGCAAGAUCUUUGAGAAGCAGCCUCUGAACCAGAGUACGGAAUAUGAGGAAGAUCCCUUUGCAAUAGUGAAGAUCGCGAUGUGCUGUGAGAGCAGAAUACUGUGUGUGGCAGGCACGUCAGGGCACGUCAUCGUCUAUAGGUACAACAAAGUGGAGACCACAGUGGACGUACCACCCUGGUGUAUGAGGUGGAUGACUUGGACUCUCCCGACACAGACCAGAUCCCCCCUCCCAUGCCACCCCCCUCCAGCAGUGUGGGAUCUGCCGGGUCAGGGGGCAUGCCCCAGCCCCUCCCCCCACCACAGCACAUCGUCAGAAGGAGCUGAGAAAGUGGGAUCCCCCCUGCUGAAGGUGAAGUCCGGCCCUCAGAAGAUGGUUCCAGGUUACCAGGUGGACCUGUGCGCCCAGCUAGUGACCGUCGAGGGCGAACCCCCCUCCCAGAUUCUCUGUCUGGCCAUCAACUCCUUAUAUGGACUGAUGGCGUUUGGAAACAUGCAGGGUCUGGCCAUCGUGGACAUCAUACAGAAGACGACCCUGCUGAACCUGGGCACCCCUGACCUGUACGGCUCUGCCGACCCUUACACGCGGACACAGCCACGGUCCCCGCAGAGAAAGAAGCCGCCUGCCGGUCUCGGAGACCUCGGGGAAGCACAGGCUGUGGAGCAGCUCCAAUCUCCGCAGAGGAGGAAGCCUUUGAAGGCUCUAAGCAAGCUGGGGGAGUCAGAAAUAGGGGAGCAGGAGCGCUGCCGCUCUCCGACAACCGAGAGAGACGAGUCCAACGGGGUGUGCCUGAGCCCGACGGGAACCACACGGAAGAAGCUCGCCGACAUCAAGAGAAAUCGCAACCAGCCUCGGCCCAGGAUGUCCAAAGCCCACUCCACAGCCUCCAUGGAGGGUAACGGGGGGGAUGACAGUGACGACAUGAACAACAGCCUCAGCAUGUCCUGGGGGUCCAGCGUGAGCCGGCUGUUCCGGACAGAACUAAUCAAAGCCGAGGCCAAGUUUCGCCGACAGAGAAGUAGUAGCACCUCCAGUGUCGGCAGCCAGUCUCCCAAGGCUGCCCCCAAAAGUGCGGGCACAGACCCCCAUGUAACCUCUCACAAAAGUCCGGGCAGAGAUUCACCCAAAGCUGACAGCAAGGACGGCUCGUUCAGUCGCUCACGAAGCUCCAGCAUGUCCAGUUUGGAGAACGUGAGCGCAGAGGGCAUCAACUGUCUGUCCUUCACAGAGUCCUACACCAGGAAGACAGGGCCUUCCAAAUCGCGUCACCGGAGGCCGAGUAAAGAGCAGCAUGUGACACCGGCCUUCUUCCCCACCCCCAGUACUUACAUGAUGACACCUGAACAUACUGAAGCCAUUGAACACCACAAACGGAAAGUCCAACAGACGUACUCAUUAGACCCUGUGACAUCUCCAUGUCUUUGGGUGGGCACCACCCUGGGGUCAGUUCUGGUGAUCGUGUUGAACCUACCGCCCCAGGGGGACCAGCGACUGACCCAACCGGUUAUCGUAUCACCCAGUGGACAUGCUCCUGAUGUAGAACAUGAGAGGAGAAACUCCAGGAAAGCAAAGUUUGCCUCCUUGCUGAACCACAGGUUGAGAUGCCGGGCUGUCAUGGCACAUCGUUCAGCUCGUUGGGACCACCUCGGCACGAUCCUGCGACUGAAGGGCGCCAUCCUGGCCAUGUCGUUCCUGGACUGUAACGGCAUGACCAUCCCACCCCUCUUCGCCAAGUGGGAGGAUCCCAAGAAGAAGGAGGAGAACAGGGAGUCCAAGGAUGGACAGUCCAUGAACCAGAGAAGAGGAUGGCAGCAGUUGCAGCAUCUACACCGGCAGAAAGCCCCGUCCUCCCCCACAACAGAGACCAUCUCCGACAGACAAUUUGUCGUCAUAUGUUCAGAGAAACAAGCCAAGGUCAUUUCUCUCCCUUCCCAAACAUGUGCAUACAAGCUCAACAUUACAGAAACGUCUUUCGUGUGCAAAGCUGACGUAGUUAGUAUAGCAAAUAGUGUUUGUCUAGCUUGCUUCCUCGCCAAUGGACACAUCAUGACGUUCAGCCUCCCCAGCCUACGGCCACUGCUAGAUAGCGACUUUCUCCCGCUAGCUGACAUGAGGAUUGCCCAGACCUUCAGCUUUUCGAAUUGCGGGCAGGCGCUCUACUUAUGUACGCCCAGCGAAAUCCAGAGGAUAACCCUUGCUGCUGACACGUGUGAGAGCCUCCAAGAGAUGCUGUGCGAGCUGUUCCUUCCUGUGGACACACCCGAGGGGCCCAAACAGAGCUUCUUUAAAGGCCUGUUCAGCAGUCCGUCUAUUGUCGACAAGGAGGAACUCUUCGGUGAGGCAGCCAGUGGUAAGGCUUCCCGCAGCGUGGCCAAGCACAUUCCAGGAACAGGCGGUAUUGAGGGGGUGAAGGCAGAGUCAGGCUCUGCUAUGGCUGAAGUCCAGAAGGCCAGAAUGGCCCUGGUGGAGCGCGGAGAGAAGCUGUCGGAGUUGGAGGAGCGGACGGAGGCGCUGAAGGUCGGCUCGGAGCUGUACGCCAGCUCCGCACACCAGGUCAUGGAGAAGUACAAGAACAAGAAGUGGUACCAGCUCUGAACUCACCUCCCGACCGCCUUUUGUUGAGUAGAGAGAGAUUUUCUGAUCGCCCACGUCUGGUGGGGAGGGGAGGUACGACUCACCGUUAAAACGUAGCACCCUCACAGCGGGGGCCUGCCUUUGUAGGGAGGACUGUUGAGGUGCUUUUUGCUGCGACAACCGGGGCAGAGAUAAGAUAACACCUACAGCAGAUGAUACCAUCCUCCUACGCACUGUUGCUUCAACUGAUGCCUACCAACCUUGGGCAGGGACUCCGUGACUGUUCUUUUACACAAUCGCCGGCUGGUAGAAGAGCACUGCAACCAUAGUGUAGUGAAUUAGGGCAUUUAUAUGCUGAACAGACGGGCAGCAGGGAGGGUGAGAAAGAGAAAUAAAUAGCACCACGUUGUACGGCCACUGAUUCUUUCCACGUCACUUCCAACUAUUACCGGCACCCUGUCCCCUUCUUUUUACCAGGGAUCUCUAUCAGAAACAAAGUCCUGAUUCUAAACAGUUUGUCGUAAGGAAACAGGCUUCAUCCUGAACCGUUUUCUAUAUUCUUUGAUAGCUUAAUUGUGCAGAAUUAGUAACUGUAACUUCAGGGCCGGAUGUAUAUGGCUCUGUCCUGUCUCUUGCUGCACAAGGACUAUGUAAAUGGGAAGGGAACAGAAGGUUUUGUUCUCCUUCACUCUUGCAUGGGGUAAACCAGCGUAUUGCUGAACAUUAUGAGGCUCAUAUGUUGGCAAUAUUGCUUCAAGGCUGCUGUUCUAACAUAUAAAAAAAAUAGGAGGUUCACUAUAAGGAAAGGUAAUAGAAUUCUCUGAGAAGCAAUUGAAACUUGCAAACAGCUGAGCAGAGGAAUUUAUAUGCUGCCUUUGUUGAGUGCAAUCGGAAUAAGUAGGUGACUUUAACCAAGUGGGAUUCUGAAAUUCAGUAAAUAAAGUAGUACUGGUCAAAACAAAACCAUCAAUAUGAAAGGGAAACAUUUUACCAAGUUAGCCAAAUUCCGUUCGGUUCUGAAUGAUUUUGAAGCACUCCAGAAAUAUAGAUGCUGCCUAGUACAUGGAUUUUGUUCUGAUUCUAUUUUAUUCCUUGUGAAUUUGAAUUAUAAUACACCAAAUGAUAAUCAGCAAACUGGCUUUUAUUUCCUUUAAAAUUAUUUAGAACUUAAAUAUUAUUAUUGAAGGAUAUGAUAUUAGAUAGGAAUGAAGAGUAGGUAUUGAAUAAGAGUGUUGUAAAGAAAUUUAAAGACAAAUUUAUGAGGAUAAAGAUAUAUUGUCGCAAGAAACAUGUUUAAUUUGCUUCCAUUAUAUAUGCUGUUCUUAAAAAGAAUAUGAGCUUUUAUUCCGAUGAAUUCUUCCAACAGAAGCUUUGAAAAUCCUCAGUGAAACUCAGAUAUGUUAUUCCAGUGCUUACAAUGUUUUAAACUUGUUUUUAGUGCAAUAUGUUGAAUAGUGCCGAAGUUCAAGAAAUGAUUAGACUUUUAUGGCGAAGUAUAGAUGAUCAUAUUAGAUACAUAUUGUCAAAUUUGUUUGGUGUUCUUAAAAUUCCUAGGGUGUAGUGGGACAAUCAGAUUGAGGUGAAUCAGCAUGUUGGCAGAACGUACUGCGCCUGUGUGAAACCCAGGUUUUUCACAGUUUUCGUAUAGGCCGUUUGGUCAACCCUGUAUCAGAAUUUUGCCGGUUACAGACGGUAUCUUUUCCAACACAACAUUUGAAAAUGAUAGAUGGGAUGUCGUCCUUAAAUACGCAAACACGAUGUUUAACGAGAAAUUUUGGCCAAAGUGCUGUGCAUGAACAAAAGUGGGUUUCACACAGGCACAGUACUAAAAUACACAGUACUGCCAGCAUGCUACGUCAGGCUGAUAAAAAUAAUUGACUGGCUUGUCAUUUUUGUCAACGCUGCAAGAUUUCUGUUAUCAUAAACUAGAGGCUGUACAUUCUAGAUUCCAAUGUUUUCUAGGUGUUUUGAGGGAUAUUUCUCGCUCUCUUACAAGAAUUUGAAGUUGCAAGAAAUGCUCAAUCUCUUCUAAAGCAAGGUACAGGGGGGUGAAGGUUUUGCAUGUAAACUCUACAUAAUAUUCAGACCAACUAUAUUCAGCCCUAUUUCAGUAUUUGCAAAACACACAAGAUCAUUUUGAAAAUUCAUAACGUUAUGUACAUGUACCAUUUUCAUAAAUAACAACACAACAAUGCAUAUUUUAUACAGAGGGUGAUUCAAAGUGCGAGAAAAUUUUCAUCUACAUAAGGUUGCUUUUUUUUCAAAUCAGUUCUACAUAAAUACGUAGCAACAUUAUGGUUGUCUUUCAAAGAGACCAGUGGAUAGUAGGCUAACUAGUCCAAGCUCAAGUAUAAAGGAAAAAUGUAGAUGUAUAGAUAUUUGUGUCAGAUGUAACAUAAAUCUAGUCGCCUAACAAAGUGUUAGGUACCAACAAUGUCGACUGUUACGACAACUACUGGUUCAUGGUGCUGGCAUGUAAAGUUUGUCCGGAAAUUCUGUCGUCCUUUAAUGUCGGUUUGGCGCAUUUUGAAUUUAGAAAACUUGGGGAGGGUAGUUGUAAAGUUAAUGCCCUGAAAGGUUUAGGAAUUAAGGUAUGUUCUGGCAAUGGCUGCUUAUUCUAUUCAGUACAUGCAAAAGCCUGAACCUUACGGCUAUUGAAAUUCUGUGCUUCUUAGGAUACAUGUACAUGUAUUAGGUAAGAAGAAACGGGUAGAAUUUUAUUCCUGUUUUCGUUAUCAAAGUCAUGGAAGGGCCCAAAAUGUUGCUCAGACAUACAUUUUCCCCUUAACAUUCAAAGUUAAAGAAGAAAAUUCAGAGACCCUUGUAUCUAAAAUGGUGUUCAGCUAAAUUCUCAUAGAUCUAACAUCAGUUGCUGCUGUAUAAGAGGUAUUACGAGUUAUUUUUACUUUCAAGCCUUAGAUUUACAUGUAAAUCAUGUAUUCCCAUUGAAAUCUCAAAAGAUGAUAAUAUAUAAUUACGUUGCCCCAAUGGUAUGGCUUGGUCUCAAAACCAUAUACUGAUACUGCAGUUCAAAAAGUCCUUGUAGUAUAGUCAUGUAAAAGUGAAAUUAUAAGAAACACUCUUGGCUAAGAGGACAAUGACGCAACAACAGGUUUUUUUUUUUCAAUUUUUGUAACUUCUCAACAAGUCAUUUCUCAUUUCACAGAAAGUAGUCCAAUCUCUGCUCCAUUUUUGUGGGAUAAUUGUGCAGUAUGUUUCUACAAAUUUGACAGGGUUGGUCUUAUUUGACUUGAGCACUUAAGGGUGGAACAUCUUAUAAGGAAAAAAUUCAGAUACUCCAUAGUUAAUUAAGCUGCCAUUACCAAUUUUAAUGCGCAUAACGUGCAAUGCUGUUGAGACGAAACAAGCAAAACUUGAAUUCUAAUUAAGAAGAAGCGGACUGACGAAGAAAAAUGAAGUACAAAAAUGACGUAGGUGUACAUAAGAUGCUUACUAUGUGCUGUAGUGUCAUGUAUAGUACAUAGAUAGACUCCUGCACUUAUCCUGUAUAUCACGCCACACUGUUGCCUCUAGUUCUAGGUACUGCACAAAAAAACAACGGCUCAACUUGAUUGGUUGUUUGUAAUCCAGAAAGAUAUAUUUUCUAAAGCGCCACUUCGAGUGAGACCAUGAAGCCAGAGAAAACAAGCCGUGCUGUAAUUACUAUCAUUUAAUUAGCAUUCAUUAAUCAAACACAGUGAAGAACCCUUGUGCAUUGACACCAAAUUUCCAAAGAACGUUGAAAAGUCCAGUAGUUAGUUGGGGAAGGCACCUGAAUCGAAGAAAUUCUUUGUCUGCAGCACUACUCAUUUGUAAAUUUGUGUUAGGUUUUGUAUCCUAUAUGCUGUUUAACUGUAUGUCUUACCAAUUCUAUUUAUGUGUAUAAAAACGAAAAUGAUGUAUAGAUAUGGCAUAGAAUACUUCUGGAGCACUUGUGAUGAUGCCCAACUCACCCUGUAGAAGGUGGAGGCACUUGCUGGGGCUCUGAACACUCUAAGUUGUACAUAUUAUGACAUAUGUAGCAGAUGUCAAAUAAACUCAGUGUCAAAGUA